UAUAUUUAAUGCACACAUCAUCAUCAAAGUCAAAUGUAAAAAUUGUAAAUUAAGUAACCUUGAUAAUGUAAUGAAGCCAUUGACAAAAAUGAUCAGUGACAAAAAUACUAAAUGGCCAGAAAAURAAAAACAAAAACAAAGCUAUUGUCGUCAUAUGUAUGUGUCGGUACAAAAGGCCGAGAAUCACGUUCAACAAUGCUAUCGGRGAAUAUCGGCCUCACUGUUAAAGUUUUCAAUUGCAGGCAUCGAGAAAAUGAAUGUCAAGAUGUCGUGCAAAAGUGAUGCCGAAAUGAGCCGUUUCAUCGACCGAUCCAAAUGUGGUAAUAGUGCUAAACGACUGAUCACCCGAUGCUACUCAAAAUGGUUACAAGCGUUGGCACUCAUCCGAAAUGUGACUGAAGAUGAACACCGAUUGCAAGCCUUUUGCUGUUCAAUAAAGGAUUGGACUAAAUGUUCGCACGAUAUCUAUCGCAAUAUUAGCUCAAAAAUAUGCUCAAAGAAAGCUGUCGAAGGAUUUAAUAACUAUAUCCAACAGUCAACUAUAGAUCCAAUAAAUAUAAUAUUUUAUUGUAAGGAUCAUAUACCUAAAAAUUGCCAAAUUGUUAACAAAUUUAUACCAAAAAAUAGAGGCAAUAGAGGCAAAAGUGGUAGUAAUAGUAGACAAAAAUAUUCAACACAUUUUCCUACUGUUGUAGAUAUUACUCAUUCAAUACAUUAA